AUGAAUCGUCUUUGUCUACUUAGUGCUUCAAUGAAAAUAGUCAGUUUUAUUAGUAAAAUAUCUGAAACACUAGGUUUUGCUCCUGCAGAGUAUAUUCAACGAAAUAGUAGACAUAUCUUAAAGAAAUUAAAACCAACUGAAGUUAAUAUUAAUUUAAAAAUUGAAGAUACAACUAUUGAAGAUAUUCCUGUACGUAUUUAUUCUCCAUUAAAUUUAUAUGAUGAUAAGACAGAAGAUCUUCCAGCUAUUAUUCUUUAA